GAGCGCUGAGAGGAGAGCCCCGAGGAGCCCAUGGAUUUCCAAGCCGGUAUCCUGCAGGAUGGCAGCCCCAUGGAGAGCCUGGAGAAGCAGCUCAUCUGCCCCAUCUGCCUGGAGAUGUUCAGCAAGCCCGUGGUGAUCCGGCCCUGCCAGCACAACCUGUGCCGCAAGUGCGCCAACGACGUGUUCCAGGCCGCCAACCCGUACUGGCAGAGCCGGAGCAGUUUGAUUUCGGGGGGCCGGUUCCGGUGCCCCCCCCCCCCGACGUGCCGCACCUUGUCCGAGGGGCAGCGCGUGUUUUCCCUGUUUACCCCGCAGCUCCGGUUUGGGCAUGAGCCCGGCACGGGCGGGCAGCGCCUCCUGGACAGCCUGUGCCCGUCCCAUCUUGUUUACCGGGCCUCGGCCAUGUCCCAGCGCCCGUGUGACAGGUGCUGCGCUGUCCCCGACACCCGACACCGCGGCGGGACCGCGAUCCGCGAUGGCAGCCCCAUGGAGAGCCUGGAGAAGCAGCUCAUCUGCCCCAUCUGCCUGGAGAUGUUCAGCAAGCCCGUGGUGAUCCUGCCCUGCCAGCACAACCUGUGCCGCAAGUGCGCCAACGACGUGUUCCAGGCCGCCAACCCGUACUGGCAGAGCCGGAGCAGUUUGAUUUCGGGGGGCCGGUUCCGUCACCGUGGCUGUGCUGCCCUCUCCAGCAGGCCCCUGAAGAAGGGGGAGCACCCCAUGUGCAGGGAGCACGAGGACGAGCGGAUCAACAUCUACUGCGUCACCUGCGAGGUGCCCACCUGCUCCAUGUGCAAAGUGUUCGGUGCCCACAAGGACUGCGAGGUGGCCCCGCUGCAAACCGUCUUCCAGGGACAGAAGACCGAGCUGAACAACUGCAUCUCCAUGCUCGUGGCGGGGAAUGAUCGCAUCCAGACCAUCAUCUCCCAGCUGGAGGACUCCUGCCAGAGCACCGAGGAGAACAGCGAGGCGGCCAAGCGGGAGCUCUGCGCUCGCUUUGACGCCCUGGCAGCGCUGCUGGAGGAGAAGAAGGCGGAGCUGCUGCAGCGCAUCUCGCAGGAGCAGGCGGACAAGACCUCCUUCAUCCAGAGCCUCAUCUGCCAGUACAAGGAGCAGCUGGAGAGGUCGAGCCGGCUGGUGGAGACAGCGAUCCAGGCAGCCGAGGAGACCGGGGGGGCUGCUUUCCUCAUGAAUGCCAAGCAGCUCAUAAAAACGAUCGUGGAGGCCUCCAAGGGUGGCCGCCUGGACAAGAUCGAGCAGGGCUAUGAGAGCAUGGACGCCUUCUCCGUGAGCCUGGACCACCUCACCGAGGCCGUCCACGCCUUGGACUUCGGCCCCGAUGAAGAUGAGGAAUACUUUGAUGGGGAGGAGGAAGAGGUGGAAGAGAACGCAGCGCCCGAGAGGACAGUGAUGGCAGCUUCCCUGUAGCCACAGCAACGCUGCCGGCGGCAGAGAAACGCCCCCGGGCACAGGAUGUCCGGUGAUGGAUUUGGGAUGGGAGGGACACACGGCGGGACCGGCAGCCUGGCGAGCCGGCGCCUGCUCCAGCACAGGACACUUUUCUAUACGGGUGCAAAUAGGACAAACUCCGCACGUUUUAUAAUUCCCUUGUUUUGUAUAUAAUUGUCACGGAUUUGAAAUUUGUGUAUUUUAUAAAGAAAUCUGGUGCUU